AAACUUAAGCGCAAGGAAUUACCGCAGAUAAAGAAAUGGCUCUGUAACUAACUAUAAUUCUUAAAGAUUGUUCACUCUAUAUCUUCUUAAGAACUGUUGACCUAGUACAUCGAAAAUUUCCACAGAUCACCUACUUAGCAGUUAAACCACUUCACAGACAUGUUUACAAUUGUGGGAUUUGUAUUCUUAGUCAGAGAAAGUAUGAACGUAGCACAGAUUUGUAUGCGUCAAGACAAUCACAUUCAUUGACAAUUUAGCAUAGUAAAAUGUGUGGGCUGAUACAGUAUAGAGCAGUCUCAGCAGCAAACAAAUAUUACAAUAGUCCAUUAUCAUUUGUGCCAAAGCAUAGUCCAGCUCAAAAUGAUGACAUUGAUAAAAUAAGUACAUUUAUUAACUCUGCAAACAAACUAUUAGUUCUUACUGGUGCUGGAAUAUCUACAGAAAGUGGGAUACCGGAUUAUCGUUCAGAAGGUGUUGGUCUCUAUGCCCGUAGCAGUCGAAGACCAAUUCAGUACCAAGAUUUUAUAAAAAAAGAAUUUGUUCGAAAACGUUACUGGGCACGCAAUUUUGUUGGAUGGCCCAGAUUUUCUUCAUUCCUUCCUAAUUCUGUUCAUUUUAUGAUAAAAGAUUUGGAGAUAAAACAUGGAAAGGUAUGUUGUGUUGUUACUCAGAAUGUUGAUAAGCUGCACACUAAAGCAGGAAGUAGACAUGUUAUAGAACUUCAUGGUUCAGCAUUUAAAGUAAUGUGUUCAGAUUGUAACAACACAAUGGAUAGACACCAUUUCCAGACUAUUCUUGAAGAAAUGAAUUGUCAUAUGAAAGGGACAAGUAUGAUGAUUAGACCAGAUGGAGAUGUUGAUAUAUCUCAGGAUGAAGAACAACGAUUUCUGGUGCCCAGCUGCAGCCAAUGUGGGGGAGUUCUGAAACCUGAUAUUGUUUUCUUUGGUGAUAAUGUUCCUCAGGAAAGAGUUGAAGCAGUGAAACAUGAAAUAGAAAAUUGUGAUUCAUUGCUGGUGCUUGGUACUUCAUUAACUGUAUUUUCUAGUUAUAGAAUAUUACUCCAGGUAUCUGAGAAUAAGAAACAAAUAGCAAUUGUGAACAUUGGACCAACAAGAGGUGAUAAAUAUGCUCAUAUCAAAGUUGAUACUAAAUGUGGAGAUAUUAUUCCUAAGCUGCUUGUACAUUAAUCGGAACUGUUAAGAUUAAUAUAAAAUAGGAUAUUUAAAGUUAGGUAGGCAUUAGUAAUUUUUUAAGCUAGAAUUUCAGGGAUGAGGCAGUGUAGAAGACCUAGGUACAGAUGGAAGAUUAGUAUUGAAUCUGCUCUUUGAGAAACAAAGUUUAAAGAUGUAAAGUGGAUUAAAUUGCUCUCUUACAGAGAAAGUGUGAAAAAUGAUUGUUCUCAUAUUACAUAUAUAUUAUGACUGAAACAUUCUCAUUCACAGUCAUUACACCUAGGUUUUUCUAUAAUCAUGCUAUAAUGUUAAAAUAAAUUGCUAGCCAUAUUAAAUAA